UUCCAGAAAAGUUGGAUGUGUUUUAUUAAAUCUAGCGCGUGAAACGCUAACUUCAUUUUGUUACCAUGUUCUAAUUGGCAUUUUCUGUAGAAAUUUUGUACUUUUUGGGUAAUCUUGAAUCCGAGUGUCCAUAAAGCAGGUUUUGUAUUGAAGAGAUUCGUGUUUUAGUUAGUGGUUAUUUGAAAAAUCAUGGGAAGGUCUCAAGAUAAGCUUGAAAAGAUGCAGCUCCGGCAGAGUUACCGGAACGUAUGGCAGUCGGAUCUCAUGAGCACCGUCACGGCCGAUACUCCAUAUUGUUGCUUCUCGUGUUUGUGUGGACCUUGUGUUUCAUACUUACUUCGAAAGAGAGCACUUUACAAUGACAUGUCAAGGUACACUUGUUGUGGUGGAUACAUGCCUUGUAGUGGUAGGUGUGGAGAAAGCAAGUGCCCUCAAUUUUGUCUUGCCACUGAGGUUUUCUUAUGUUUUGGAAACUCCGUCGCAUCUACUCGCUUUAUGCUGCAAGAUGAAUUCAACAUCCACACAACACAAUGCGACAAUUGCAUCAUUGGAUUUAUGUUCUGUCUCAACCAAAUCGCUUGCAUUUUCUCUCUUGUCGCUUGCAUUGUUGGAAGUGAUGAACUCUCUGAAGCUUCUCAGCUUCUUUCUUGCUUGGCUGAUAUGGUUUAUUGCACGGUCUGCGCGUGUAUGCAGACACAACACAAGAUAGAGAUGGACAAAAGAGAUGGUGUGCUUGGUUCUCAACCAAUGUCAGUGCCACCUGCUCAGCAAAUGUCUCGCGUUGAUCAACCGACCCCUCCAUAUGCCGGUUACCCUCCAGCCACUGGUUACCCCCAGCCUUACUAUCCACAGCCUGGCCAUGGCUACCCUCCUGCGCCAGGCUAUCCACCUCCAGGUCAUGGUUACCCUCCUGCACCGGGUUAUCCACCUCCUGGUCAUGGUUACCCUCCUGCACCGGGAUAUCCACCUCCUGGUCAUGGUUACCCUCCCGCACCGGACUAUCCCUCAAAGUGAGAACCUUAACCGAAAUCGAAAUCUAUAUAUUCAAAUUCAAGUUGUAUUAUCAUCUCAAACCGGUGGGCAGAGCUUUUAAACUUUGAGUUGUCCCUUUAUGUGUUGUGAUUACUUCGCAAUUACUUUUGCUGUUUGGUUUAGGGCCAGGAAGUUUUUAUAUACC